GGAUGAAUCACAACGACACACGCUGAGCCGAGAGAGGUAGUCGGACAGCAGCCAGCAACAGCAGCAGCAGCAGCAGCAAGAGCAGUUGUUGUACCACUGUAGCAGACCCGCGCCGCUGGAGCAACCAUGGGCUGGUGGAACGUGUGCUUUGGCGUCAUUGCGAGCGCCGCCCUCGUGCGGUCUUCGGCCUUGCCAGCCAUAGCGGCGCCGCAGCCACAAGUGCAGCCUCCGGUUGCCCAACAGCAGCAGCAGCAGGAGCCGGCGGCGUCGCCUGCCGUCGCGACGCCCGACGCCGGCACCGGCAGAGGCCUGGGCCAGCAUAGUAGGAACUCCAUCCAGACGGGCGACAGCCUCAUGGACGCUAUCUACAACGACUGCCUGCGCAAGGACUCAGUGUCGUGCGUCAAGUACAAGCUGUUCUCGUUCGUGGACAAGGUGCUCGCUUCCAAGGACUCGUUCAGCCUGACGGAGGGCGUCACCGUCGUUAAGUCCCCGGGCGUCGGCGACGGAGGCCCGCGCGCCCUCGACCAGGAAGCCGCCGACUCGCAGUCCACCGACGUCGAGUCGAUGCUGGUCAGCCGUGUUGACCGCUUCCUGCGCACACACACGCUCAAGAUCGACUUGAACGGCAACGAUGUCGUGAACGCUGUCACGUCAGCAGGGCGCGCGCUCGGAGACGUCGCCGAGGGUUUGGGUCUCACUUCCGAGGACGACACUGCCGCAGCUUCUGCUGCUGGUGACGCCGAAGGCAGAGGAAAGAAAAAGAAAGCGGCCAAGAUCCUGCUGCCGCUGCUGCUGGCGCUGAAGGUGAAGGGCGCGGCGCUGGUGGCUCUCGCCCUGGGGGCCAUCGCCCUCAUCGCCGGCAAGGCGCUGCUCAUCGGCAAGAUCGCGCUGCUGCUCGCGGCCAUCAUCGGCCUCAAGAAGCUGCUGUCGCAGCAGCAGAAGACCGUCACCUACGAAAUCGUGGCGCACCCGCACCACACGUCGUCGCACGUCAGCGGUCACGAGUACUCGGCGGUGGGCGGCGGCGGCGGCUACGGUGGCGGCGACAUCGGCGGCGGCUACGCCAGCAGCGGCAGCGGCGGACACGGCGGCUGGGGACGCAGCCUCGAGGACGCCCACCAGAUCGCGUACCGCGCGUACGCGCCUCAGCAGGCGGCUCAGCAGUAG